AUGUCCAUCUACACCACCUCCCCUCCCCCAGAGGACCACAUCGCCACCCUCGCCGCCUCCCCGGAGCACCUCCCCCCCAUCCCCUCCCAGCCCAGCUACGGCAUCGACUCCCUCCUCGGGCUCGCCGCCUCCCUCAUCCUUUCCCCGCUCUACCUCUACGCCACCCUCCGCGGCAAGUCGCGCGUCUGGGAUGACCUCCUCGACGCCCUCCCCGACGACGCCUUCCGCGCUCCCGCCCUCGACGUGGGCUGCGGCCGUGGCCUCGUCCUCCUCAAGAUGGCCCAGCGCAAGAAGACGCUUUUCCUUUCCCACUGCGGCGGCGAAGGCGAUGACGACGACGCAGGAAGGGGAGACGGCGGCGGCGGCGACGCGGCGAGGACCACCGAGGAUGAUGUUGGUGUCGUCGUCGCCCCCGCGUACGGCAUCGACAUCUUCAGCACCGCCGACCAGACUGGCAACGCCCCGCUCGCCACCUACCUCAACGCCGCCUCCCUCUCCUGCGUCCCGCACACCGUCCUGCACACCGCCAGCUUCGCCGAGCGCUUCCCCUUCGCCGACGGCUCCUUUUCCCUCGUCACCUCCAACCUCGCGCUGCACAACGCCAACCGUGAGGGCCGCCUCGCCGCCGUCCGUGAGAUCGCUCGCGUCUGCCGCCCCGGCGGCACCGUCCUCGUCGUCGACCUCUUCGGCUACUUCAAGGACCACAGGAUGGUGCUCGAGGAGGAGCUGCGCUGGACCCACGUGGACGUCAGCAUGGUUGGCCUCAAGAUGAUGUACGGCGCCCUGCCGUGCCAAAUCCUCAAGGCGACCAAGCCGGUGGUCCAGAGCACCUGAGCACACUUUUCUCCCAAGACUUGAAAACGUACAAAGUACCAUCAGCAUAGCCGGAGUCUCUUUUAUAUGCACGAUACCACAUCAUUUUGUAGCAUGAAUCAAGCAGUCAUAGCCAUCAAAUAUACCGGGCGGAUCAGCGUUGGCAGCGCGUCGGAG